AUGACUAGAACUUUGUUAAUGCAGACUUUAGUAAUAAGCAGAAUGCAGAAAUUGACAAAAGAGGGACUGCAGCGCACUGACAAGAGAAUUGGACUGAUGAAUGAAAUACUGGCUGCUAUGGACACAGUAAAAUGCUAUGCAUGGGAAGAUAGUUUCCAAUCAAAGGUUCAGGGGGUUCGAAAUGAGGAGUUAAGCUGGUUUCGCAAGGCGCAAAUGCUUGGAGCAUUGAACAGUUUCAUAUUGAACAGCAUUCCAGUUUUUGUUAUUGUCGUCUCGUUCUGGGUGUUCACUUUACUUGGUGGGGACCUAACACCUGCAAGGGCAUUUACUUCUCUAUCCUUGUUUGCAGUGCUACGCUUUCCGCUCUUCAUGCUUCCUAACAUUAUAACACAGGUAGUUAAUGCAAAUGUAUCUUUGAAACGUCUUGAGGAACUUCUUUUAGCUGAAGAGAGAGUACUUCUGCCCAACCCACCUCUUGAUCCAUGUUUUCCAGCCAUUUCAAUCCGGAAUGGUAGCUUUUCGUGGGAAUCAAAGGGAGAGAAACCAACUUUAUCAAAUAUCAAUUUGGAUAUUCCAAUUGGUAGCUUAGUAGCAAUUGUAGGUGGUACUGGAGAAGGAAAGACAUCACUCAUCUCGGCAAUGCUUGGGGAAAUUCCUGCUGUUACGGAUUCAAGUGUUGUUAUCAGAGGAACUGUUGCUUAUGUGCCACAAAUCUCAUGGAUUUUCAAUGCAACAGUGCGUGACAACAUACUAUUUGGUUCUCAAUUUUCACCUUCAAGGUAUGCUAAUGUGAUCGAUGUGACUGCAUUACAACAUGACCUUGAGCUUCUCCCUGGUGGUGAUCUUACUGAAAUUGGGGAAAGAGGAGUCAACAUUAGUGGAGGGCAGAAGCAAAGAGUUUCUAUGGCUAGAGCUGUUUAUUCGGACUCUGAGGUUUACAUAUUCGAUGACCCCUUAAGUGCACUAGAUGCUGACGUGGGCCGCCAGGUUUUUGAGAAGUGCAUUCGAGGAGAAUUAAGAGGAAAGACCAGAGUUUUGGUCACAAACCAGCUGCAUUUUCUUUCACAGGUUGACAAAAUUGUAUUGGUGCAAGAUGGUAUGGUGAAAGAGGAAGGAACCUUUGAAUAUCUCUCAAAUAACGGUGACCUAUUCCAAAAACUGAUGGAAAAUGCUGGAAAGAUGGAGGAAUAUGCAGAUGAAAAGGAAAUUGUGAACGUCGAUGAGAAAACCUUAAAUCCUGCUGCUAAUGGUGAGAUCAAUUCCAGAGAUGCAGAGAAGAAAAAGGACCGAAAAGAAGGCAAAUCUGUUCUUAUUAAACAGGAAGAACGGGAAACAGGCGUUGUCAGUUGGAAAGUUUUGAACAGGUAUAAGGAUGCUCUAGGAGGUGCAUGGGUAGUUAUGAUCCUGUUGAUGUGCUACGUCUCAACUGAGUCUCUUCGAAUUGGAAGCAGUACAUGGUUAAGCUUUUGGACUGAUGAAAGCAGCUCAAUGAGAUAUAGUGCCACUUUCUACAAUAUGAUCUAUGCAGUUCUAUCAUUUGGUCAAGUGUUGGUAACACUUACCAAUUCAUUUUGGCUGAUCACAUCAAGCCUUUGUGCGGCUAGAAGGUUACAUUCUGCCAUGUUGAACUCUAUUUUAAGAGCUCCAAUGGUCUUCUUUCAUACGAAUCCACUUGGAAGGAUUAUCAAUAGGUUUGCUAAGGACCUAGGGGACAUAGACCGGAAUGUGGCACCAUUUGUGAAUAUGUUCAUGAACCAAGUUUCCCAACUUAUUUCAACAUUUGUGCUAAUUGGUAUAGUUAGCACAAUGUCUUUAUGGGCCAUAAUGCCACUCCUGGUCUUAUUUUAUGGUGCUUACCUUUACUAUCAGAGCACUGCCCGUGAGGUAAAACGCUUGGAUUCCAUUUCCAGAUCUCCUGUGUAUGCACAAUUUGGAGAAGCACUGAAUGGUCUACCAACUAUACGUGCUUAUAAAGCUUAUGAUCGCAUGGCUAACAUUAACGGGAAAUCCAUGGAUAACAACAUUAGAUUCACUCUUGUAAACAUGAGUGGAAACCGUUGGCUUGCAAUUCGUCUGGAGACUUUGGGGGGGCUUAUGAUUUGGCUCACAGCAACAUUUGCUGUGAUGCAGAAUGGCAGAGCAGAGAAUCAAAUGGCUUUUGCCUCUACUAUGGGUUUGCUUCUCAGUUAUGCAUUGAACAUUACAAGCUUACUAACUGGUGUUCUAAGACUGGCUAGUAUGGCUGAGAAUAGUUUGAAUGCUGUAGAGAGAGUUGGAACAUAUAUAGAAUUGCCUUCUGAAGCACCUCCAAUUAUUGAGGGCAAUCGCCCUCCACCGGGAUGGCCCUCAGCUGGAUCCAUUAGAUUUGAAAAUGUUGUCUUACGUUAUAGACCUGAACUUCCUCCCGUUCUGCAUGGUAUAUCAUUCACUAUUCGACCAAGUGACAAGGUUGGGGUAGUAGGGAGAACAGGAGCAGGGAAAUCCAGCAUGUUUAAUGCUUUAUUCAGACUUGUGGAACUGGAAAGAGGAAGGAUCAUUAUUGAUGAUUGUGAUGUUUCAAAGUUAGGAUUGAUGAACCUCCGUAAGGUUCUUGGUAUAAUACCACAAUCACCUGUUUUGUUCUCAGGUAGCGUUAGAUUCAACCUUGAUCCUUUCAAUGAGCACAAUGAUGCUGAUUUGUGGGAGGCUUUAGAGAGGGCACAUCUCAAGGAAGUGAUCAGGAGGAGCUCUUUGGGUCUGGACACUGAGGUGUCAGAGGCAGGAGAAAAUUUCAGUGUUGGACAAAGGCAACUAUUAAGUCUUGCCCGAGCAUUGCUUCGUAGAUCAAAGAUCCUAGUCCUUGAUGAAGCAACUGCUGCUGUUGAUGUCAGAACGGAUGCACUUAUACAGAAAACCAUAAGAGAAGAAUUUAAGUCUUGCACAAUGCUCAUUAUUGCUCACCGUUUGAAUACUAUCAUUGACUGUGAUAGAAUUCUUCUGCUUCACUCUGGUCAGGUUUUGGAGUAUGGUACACCAAAGGUGUUGUUACAAGACGAAGAAAGUGCAUUUUCUCGGAUGGUUCAGAGCACAGGGGGGGCUAAUGCUCAGUAUUUACGAAGCUUAGUACUUGGUGAGAAAGAUGAUAUGAAAGCCGGUGAGGAAAAACUGUUAGAUGGGCAAAGGAGAUGGUUAGCCUCUACCCGCUGGGUUGCUGCCACCCAGUUUGCACUGGCUGUUAACCUAACUUCAUCACAGAAUGACCUUUUGCAUUUGGAAAUCGAAGAUGACGAUAAUAUUGUCAAGAGAACCAAGGAUGCCGUAAUCACUUUACAGGGGGUGUUAGAGGGGAAGCAUGACACAGCAAUUGAAGAGACUCUGGAGCACUACCAUUUAACUGGAGAUAGAUGGUGGUCUUCUUUGUACCGAAUGAUUGAAGGUCUUGCGAUGAUGAGUAGACUGGCUCGGAACAAAUUGCAUCGCGGAGAGAUUGGUUUCGAGGGAAAUUCAAUCAACUGGGAUGAUGCUCAUAUGUAGUAGUAGUAGUUGUUGUUGUAACUCAUUGAACUUUGAAAUUGCACUCUUCCGCAACAACAAACAGAGUAUAAUCCAGUGGCGGAAAGAUGUACGCGAUAUUAUUCUUGUUAAAACACAUGUUCGGCCAUUGAUGCAUUGUUGCAUGAGUUAUAUGCAUAAAUAGUUCGGCCAUUG